AUGACAGUCGAAAAGUGCGCCGCAUUCUGCUCUGCAUUCGCUCUGUUCGGCGUCGAAUAUGGCCGCGAAUGUUUCUGCGGUAAUGCCCGAGAUCCUAGCAGCCAGGCGGCAGACCCUUCUGAUUGCAACUUUCGUUGCUCCGGCGAUUCAAGAAGCUUAUGCGGCGCAAGCAAUCGCUUGAAUAUCUAUAGUAACCUGAGUCCUACGACUCAGGGGCCUGCCACCCUGCCUGGGAUUACGUCUCUGGGCUGCUUCGUCGAUAGUAUACCCCGAAAACUGCCGAGCAAAACUAUUUCUGAUGGAAGCAUGACAGCAGCCAAAUGUGCGGCCAGUUGUGCUGGCUAUACCUAUUUUGGGACACAGUGGUCUUCAGAAUGCUACUGUGGAAAUACCGUUCCAGACAUCUCAGCACCUAUAUCCGAUUGUAACAUGGUUUGCUCCGGCAAUUAUAACGAGUUUUGUGGUGGCAGUAUGCGGCUGAAUAUCUACAAGGUUGACCAAACUUCAGCAACUAAGUCAACCUCCGGCGGUACAUCUGGUACUACUGUAAGCAAUGGAAGCUCUCUCGGCGGCUUUACUUACCGUUCUUGCUGGACUGAUACGCCGUACGACCGAUCGCUAAAGGCUAUUGAUUAUCGCGCUGAUGACAUGACUGUCGAAAAGUGCGCAGAGCGGUGUAAAGCAUACACUUAUUUUGGGCUUGAAUAUUCACGAGAGUGCUUUUGUGGCGACGAUUUGAUCGGACAAGCUGCGCCAGAAGAUGAAUGUAAGAUGUCUUGCAUGGGUGCAGGCGAUCAAAAGUGUGGCGACUCGAACAGACUGAAUAUAUACUCGAAGCAAACGUUGUCGGCCUCUCCAUCUUAUUCAUCGUCGUCUACUUCAGUCACAUCGUCAUGGUCAUCGACGAUUUCAACUUCUCCGACGUCUUUUUCGACAUCAUUGUCUUCUUCGACCUCCAAAACGUCUUCAUCCUUGAAGCUAUCUGAAUCAUUAGCUUCUCAUACAUCUUCACCUGCAUCGACUACAUCAUUGACUCCGCAGAUUUCCUCAUCGACAUCAACAACAACAUCGACUUCUCAGACGUCUUCAUCAUCCUCAUUAACUACAUUGUCAACAUCCAGGACGUCCUCAAUGUCUAUGUCAACAUCAUCAGGUCCACAGAUCCCAUCAUCGACAUCUAUUACUUCUUCAGCUUCUCAAACUUCAUCUUCAUCAUCAUCUUCAUCAUCAUCAUUGACAUCUGACUUGUCGAAAACCACCGGUCCCGCCAUGACGACCGUCACUAGUUGUGCUGCAACAGCAACAUACAAUGGGACCCCGGAAUACUGCUUUACGCCCGGAAACCUUCCCACUUAUUGCGAAAUGAUGUUUGCAGAGAAGGCGGACUUGACCUUGGACCAGUUUAUAUCCUAUUGCAAGCCUCAACUGUCCGCAAAUGGCUUGCCUGCAAAUCCCCAAGCGUUAGCUUGUUUAAACGCAAACACGUAUAAGAGCAUUCCGAGCGCAAACAGCUGUUUGAAUGCGCCGUCAGCCUCAUUGAUCUGCCAGUACGACACUGCCUGCGUUACGAAGACAUAUGUAGUCGGCCAAGUACCAACGGCUUCCCCAGCCACUACUACCCCAACCAUUGGCAUUAACCUAUUCGGAGAUGGAGGGUGGGAAUCUGGCAACACAAAUCCUUGGGAAGUUUCCAAUGACGAUCAGUUGGGAAUAUCCGGAAAGGGAAACUUUAUGGAAGUAACUGUCAAUUCUGUCCGACCCCGGUCAGGUAAAUACAGUCUCUCGGCGCUGUAUACAGGCAUAAACUACGGCGCGGUUUCCUUUAUUCGUAUGCAGAAGGUUGUGCCUGGCAAGACGUAUCAACUCCAAUUUUACGUCUGGUCGACCAAAGCGGGAACGAACACAGGUGUGCAAGUCAACCUGGAGCCUGGUGGUUUCGCCAUUGGAGAGUCGUCUUUGAACUCGACUCCGACAAAUCAGUGGGUAAAGAGAACUUUGACCAUCAAAACUAUCACGUCCUUCAUAAAGUUGAAGAUGAGCGUCACUGGCUCUGUAUAUGGAUCCAACAACAUCAAUCAAAUCUAUAUUGACGAUAUAUCGUUCAUGCAGCUUGAUUAG